AUGGGGGGUCUUGGGUUUAUAAAGGGGGAGUCCCUCCACCUAAUAGGUGACACUCAGCAAGAUUGGCAACAAAAACUCUACAAGCUGCAAGUGGCACACAGCACGAUCAGCCAUAAGAACAUUUUGCAGCAGCAAGUGAUUAAGCACGAUCAGCAACAAAAACAUAUUUUGCAAGCAGCAAGUGUUCAUUUUAAAGACUAUUUUUUAAUCUCUCUAGGUGACACUCAGCAAGAUCUGCAACAAGAACAGUUUCCAGCAGCAAGUGACACUCAACAGGACCAGCAACAAGAUCAGAUUCCUGCAGCAAACAAAGUACUUGGUGAAGGUGGUUUUGGCAUUGUCUAUAAAGGAGUCUUUCGAGAUGGGAGAAUUGUUGCUAUGAAACAGCAAAUAGCUCAACAGCAACUGAGGGAGCAAGAAUUUGUGAAAGAGAUAGAAAUCAUUAGCGGUAUCCACCACAAACAUCUUGCACAUCUUGUUGGAUACUACAUUUUGGAGACUCAGAGACUGCUUGUGGCAGGUUUCGGACUUGCUAGGUCCAUUUUAGCAGAUAAAACUCAUAUCAGCACUGAACCUGCUGGCACUACAGGUUACAUAGAUCUAGAUUUUUUCACCACCGGGAAGUUAAAUGAGAAGGCAGAUGUCUACGCCUUUUGA